AUGCGCGAGUUGGUGCACAUCCAGGGUGGCCAGUGCGGCAACCAGAUCGGGGCAAAGUUCUGGGAAGUCAUUUCUGAUGAACAUGGUAUAGAUCCUACAGGCACCUAUCAUGGAGAUUCCGACCUCCAGCUCGAGCGCAUCAACGUCUACUACAAUGAGGUGAGAGAGGAAUAUCCCGACAGGAUCAUGGAGACGUUCAGUAUCAUUCCGUCCCCAAAGGUUAGCGACACAGUCGUGGAACCAUAUAAUGCGGUAUUGUCCUUCCACCAGUUGGUGGAGAAUGCCGACGAGUGCUUCUUGCUUGACAACGAGGGCCUGAAGAUGGCAGUUGCUUUCGCAGGUAAUUCAACAGCCAUUCAGGAAAUGUUUAAGCGCGUAGCAGAGUAUUUCACGGCGAUGUUCCGGCGCAAGGCCUUCCUGCACUGGUACACCGGCGAGGGCAUGGACGAGAUGGAGUUCACCGAGGCGGAGAGCAACAUGAACGACCUUGUCUCGGAGUACCAGCAGUACCAGAUGCCCUCUGAUAAGACGAUCGGAGGCGGCGACGAUGCCUUCAACACGUUCUUCUCCGAGACUGGCGCCGGCAAGCACGUCCCCCGCUGUGUGAUGGUCGACCUAGAGCCCACCGUGGUCGAUGAAGUACGCACGGGUACCUACCGUCAGCUGUUCCACCCUGAGCAGCUCAUCUCUGGCAAGGAGGACGCCGCGAACAACUUCGCGCGAGGGCACUACACCAUCGGCAAGGAGAUCGUCGACCUCGUCCUGGAUCGGAUCAGGAAGUUGGCCGACAACUGCACUGGCCUCCAGGGCUUCAUGAUCUACAAUGCCGUCGGCGGAGGCACUGGCUCCGGGCUCGGUUGCCUGAUGCUGGAGCGCUUGUCUGUGGACUACGGGAAGAAGACGAAGUGCUCUUUCACUGUGUGGGCGUGCCCGCAGGUCGCCACAGCAGUGGUGGAGCCCUACAACACUGUUCUCUGCGUGCAUUCCCUCCUGGAGCACACAGAUGUCACCAUCAUGUAUGACAACGAGGCACUGUACGAUAUAUGCCGCCGCAACCUUGACAUCGAGCGCCCUACUUACACCAACCUGAACAGGCUGCUGGCGCAGAUCAUCUCGUCGCUGACUGCGUCGUUGCGCUUCGACGGUGCUCUGAACGUGGACAUCACCGAGUUCCAGACGAACUUGGUGCCCUAUCCACGCAUCCACUUCAUGCUCUCCAGCUAUGCACCCGUUAUCUCUGCGGAGAAGGCGUACCAUGAACAGCUGUCAGUGGCGGAGAUCACCAUGUCCGUCUUCGAGCCCGCAUCCAUGUUCGUGAAGUGCGACCCUCGUCAUGGCAAGUACAUGGCAUGCUGUAUGAUGUACCGCGGAGACGUAGUGCCCAAAGAUGUGAACGCUGCUGUAGCUACUAUAAAGACCAAGCGCACCAUUCAAUUCGUUGAUUGGUGCCCCACGGGCUUCAAGUGCGGCAUCAACUAUCAGCCUCCCACAGUAGUCCCUGGUGGCGACCUGGCCAAAGUCAUGCGCGCCUGCUGCAUGAUCAGCAACUCCACCGCCAUCGCAGAGGUCUUCUCGCGCAUCGACCACAAGUUCGACCUCAUGUACUCGAAGCGCGCGUUCGUGCACUGGUAUGUGGGCGAGGGUAUGGAGGAGGGCGAGUUCUCCGAGGCUCGCGAGGACCUGGCGGCGCUGGAGAAGGACUACGAGGAGGUGGGCAUCGAGACCGCAGAGGGCGAGGGCGAGGCAAAGUUCUGGGAAGUCAUUUCUGAUGAACAUGGUAUAGAUCCUACAGGCACCUAUCAUGGAGAUUCCGACCUCCAGCUCGAGCGCAUCAACGUCUACUACAAUGAGGUGAGAGAGGAAUAUCCCGACAGGAUCAUGGAGACGUUCAGUAUCAUUCCGUCCCCAAAGGUUAGCGACACAGUCGUGGAACCAUAUAAUGCGGUAUUGUCUUUCCACCAGUUGGUGGAGAAUGCCGACGAGUGCUUCUUGCUUGACAACGAGGGCCUGAAGAUGGCAGUUGCUUUCGCAGGUAAUUCAACAGCCAUUCAGGAAAUGUUUAAGCGCGUAGCAGAGUAUUUCACGGCGAUGUUCCGGCGCAAGGCCUUCCUGCACUGGUACACCGGCGAGGGCAUGGACGAGAUGGAGUUCACCGAGGCGGAGAGCAACAUGAACGACCUUGUCUCGGAGUACCAGCAGUACCAGGAUGCCACUGCGGAGGAGGAGGGCGAGUUCGAUGAGGAGGAGGACGGCGAGCAGUGA